AUGAUUCGGGCAGAGCAAGGCAGGGGCAGGCCGUGCCUUCCACCGGCGUCCCGGGGCCGGGACGAAGGGCAAGGGCGCCGGGCAGCACUUGAACUGGAAGGCGGAGGGAUGCGGCAGCCGGAGGGGACCCCGCCACCUCACAGCACAGCGAGCAGCCAGCGCUGGCCGGGCGGGGACUGCAUGGUCCGCGCCCGCCGCCGCGUCCCGCCAGCCGCUCGCCGCCUCCCCUGCAGGGGGCUCCGCGCUCCAGCAGACUCCGGGGGGCGGUGGCGGCGCUCUCGGGACGCGCCCCACUCGGCUCCUCCCCCGCGCUCUCGCACUCUUUCGCCCACCUCCAGGGAGCUCCGUACGGUGCGCGACGGCAGCGGACGAGUCUCGGCUACAGGCUGCCUGCCCUCUCCCGCCCCGCCCGGGUCACCUGCCUCUAAUGCCCGCCGGGAGGCCCCGCCCCGGGCCCGCCCCCUCCCGCCCUGCCCGGAGCUGGGCCGUCCCACGGCUCCCUCUCCGGGUCCCCGCCCACCGCCCUGCUGUCCUGGCCUCUCUGCGAGCGCCCCGCGGCCCCUCCCGGAGCGGGCAGCGGAAGAGCGUCCGCCAAUAGUGGACCGGCAAGUUACGAGGGCGGGGUCAAUGCUAAUCAGGCCUCCCAGAGAACCCGGGCGGGAAACCUGGCCCCAAGUCCUGGAGUUCUCUGUGGUGGUUCACCAGAAUGGUACUCACUUUCCUGAAGGUUCUGCUCUCUGAACGCCUGCUUCCAGGGCCUCCACUAGGCCAUCUCUCUCCAGUUAAGUGUCCUUAUCGAGGUCCGGUGCUUGUUUAAAGGGAUGAGAGGUCAAUUCAGUUGUGCCACCUGUCCUCCCCCUUCUGAGCUGCCUUGUGCUAGGUGACAGACGCGCUAGUACUUAAUGAGCAACCUCGUGUUAGUUAAUCGUUUACACCUUGAUAGGCAAUCUGGAUACCCUAGAAUUCUGAGGCCAGAACGCCUCAGAACUUGACCUAAACAGUUGAGCUAACAAGACAGCAGAAACGUUGACAAACUUGUGCCCUUCCCUGUGGGAGCUCCUAGCACACAGUAGGCUCUCUGAUGACAAACCUAGAAUCCGAAACCAGAAGUUGGGCAGCAGAAUUCACAAUCUUUACCCUCCCUAGGAAAUAUCGAUAUUUCCCAGGCUUUGCCUUUCGUAUAUACAACAAAAUCUUGCCGUUGUAACUAGAGGAUGAAUUUCUUUCCAGUUUUGGAUGACUCUAGAGACGGUAGUCCUUAGCAGUAGCAAUUUAUAAUCCCUGGCAGAUCUGAAGACACCCACAGAGAAAAACUCUUGGACUGGGACAGUGUACAGCUCACGGUGCUGGGUUCCCCAGGGUUGGCUGCUGUGCACUUUGGCGAGGCUGGGACCCGGUAAGGGGGUCGCACUGGGGCAGUAGGAACCGUGGAAAGACCUGCUACCCGCUGUCAACGGAGGGACACACAGUGGCGCUCUCCUGAUAGCCGCCUCCCUUCCAUGAUGAGAUGCUGACGGGCCUAAUCCUGUACAGGGCUUGUGUAGAUAACCACAGAUGCAGUUGUUCACGUGCACGAGUGAUCAGAAGACAUCUUUCCCCUACAUAUUUCUCCAUCCUCUGGCUUAUACAUACUUUCCAUCCACUCACCGGUGAUCAGAACCUAAGUCUUGACAUUAAAUCUGAUUCUGACACGAGGCUCUGGAAUCCUAACCUAGCACCCCAAAAUGAAAAAAAAAAAACAACAACAACAACCCCCCCAAAAAAACAAAAACAAAAACAAAAACAAAAAAAACCAAAAACCAAAAAACAAAACAAAACAAAACAAAAAAACCAUGAGCAAUGACUUCUUCCACCUACUGUGAACCCAGCACUUGUUGCCAAGAACAUGGAGAAAGUUGUGGUCUGGCAAAGCAGGGCAUCAUGGGAUUUUAGAGGGGGCAGUUAGCCAAGGAAAGGCCUAGACUUGACUGAAAGGCUGGAUAUGAGUUGGUAUAACUCAUCAGGGUUUAGUACUGGGGAACAGAAAACCCUCUUGAGUACUUCAAGCAGAGAAAGAUUUAGUACUAAGGCUCAAGCAGGGGUGUGUGCAACUGUGGGAAGGAAGGACUGAAGAGCUAGAAGUCAAUGCUGCUGGUGUAUUGAGUUCAGGGGCUAAUCACAGUAGCCAUGGUCCAGAAACCAGCCUGGUGCUUCUGCAGUCGCCUCCCACGCCCUCAGAACUGAUGGCUAGCCAUCAGAAGGGGAUGCCGAGUCCAGCACCACGAGCUCGCUGCUUUCUGUUGUGACUCCCAAACACCAGUUGCCUGCUAUGGCAGGAGAAGGCUGCACUUUGCAUUCACCUGUCAACUCUCAUUGGAUAACUAUGUCAGACCCACACCCUAGAUGCAAGUGAGUCUGGGAGUAUCUGUUGUUGCUGUUGUUGUUGUCCCCUCAGCUGGAUUACCAGGAUAGGACGGGGUCUCUUUUCUAGAAAUAGGAGGCAGCAAAGGACAUGGAAGCAGAAAGAGCCCGUGACGAGCUACUGGAGAUUACUAGGUCAUCAUGGAGCACCUGUUUACCUGAGGUGCCCUUAGGUCUAAUCAAAAGGCUUUUUUCAUAAACUAUGUCCAUAUGCAUACCCUGUACAUAACACUUCUUCACUAGCACUGUGCUUGUUUUAUUGACUAGGAAUGUAGAAGAACGAAGAAGAGAACAGAAUGUACAAAAAAAGAAGUAAAAGCAUUAGACACUAUUUUAUCCACAAAACAACUGGGGCCUAUCUUCAAUUUACGUUGCCUUGAAGCCAUAUCUGAGACUGGGUAGCUUUUUUCUCUCCUCCUGGGGAUGGAAUCCAGGGCCUCAUGCACAUUAGGCAAAUGCUUUACUACUGAGUUAUAUCCCAAACGGAAUACUGGCUAAUUCAUAAUGAAGAGAAUUUGUUACCAUUGUGAAGACUGCAAAGAUCAAGAAAAGGGCACAUCUGGUAAGGAAUUUCUUGCUGUUUCAUAUCAUGAUGAAGAAGACGACAGAGACACAGAAAGAGACAGAGAGAGACACAUCCAGAGAGAGACAUAGAGACAAAGACAGACAGGUGGACACACACACACACACACAG